UCUCUUGCAAUUCUCUCUACUUCUCAUUCUCUUACCAUACUCUGUUGGCGUUCUGCAGUUUCAGUUCUUCCAAAAUGGCUGAACAAAUCCCAUUCAAUAUUAUAGCUGACGUUUUUACCAAGUUAGGCUCCUCGGCUGUUCGACAAAUUGGAUCUGCGUGUGGUGUGGCAAAAGAGUUAACGAAGCUUACGAAGAAGCUGGACACCAUCAGGGGUGUACUGGUUGAUGCUGAGAAGAGGCAGGAGGAGAGCGAUGCAGUAAAAGCUUGGGUGAGGAGGCUCAAAGAUGUUGUGUAUGAUGCUGAUGACUUGUUGGAUGACUUUGCAACCCAUCAGCUGCCGCGUGGGAGAGUAGCAAGGCAGGUGAGUGACUUCUUCUCAUCUUCAAAUAAAGUUGUAUUUCGUUUUAAGAUGAGUGAUAGACUCAAGGAUAUCAAAGAAGAGAUGGAUGAAAUUGUAAAAGAAAUCCCCAUGCUAAGCCUUAUUCAAGGGAACGUGACUCACGGGGAGGUAGAGAGCAGUCGGAGAGAGACUCACUCAUUUGUGUUGACCUCUGAAAUUGUGGGAAGAGAAGAAAACAAAGAAGAGAUAAUAAAGUCGUUGGUGUCAUCUGAUAAUCAAGGAAUUCUUUCCAUGGUUGCCAUUCUUGGGAUUGGGGAGUUGGGUAAGACCACCCUUGCCCAAUUGGUGUAUAAUGAUCCAAGAGUGGUACAAUAUUUUGAGCUUAAAAUAUGGGUUUGUGUUUCUGAUCACUUUGAUGUAAAGCUGCUGGUUAAAAACAUCUUGCAAUCCGUAAGUAAGGAAGAUGUAGAAAGUUUGAAGUUGGAUGCUUUAAAAGAUCAUCUUCAUGCAAACAUAAAGCAAAAGAGAUGCUUGUUAGUACUCGAUGAUGUUUGGAAUGAAGACUUUGAAAAAUGGGAUCAACUAAGAACUUUGUUGAUGGUUGUUGAAAAGGGGAGCAAAAUUGUAGUGACCACUCGAAAUAACAAAGUUGCGUCAAUUAUGGGAAUUGAUUUUCGAGUUAAUUUGGAAGGUUUGAACCAAAAUCAGUCUUGGGAUUUAUUUUCAAAACUAGCAUUCAAAGAAGGACAAGAAAAAACGCUUCCAAAGCUUGUUGAAAUUGGAAAAGAAAUAGUAAAUAUGUGUAAUGGAGUUCCACUUGUCAUCAAAACAUUGGGAACAAUAUUGCAUUUGGAAACCGAAGAAAGUGAGUGGCUGUCCAUAAAGAAUAAUGAAAAAUUGUUGUCACUUGGAGCUGGAAAUAAUAAUGUUUUAUCUGUGUUGAAGUUAAGCUAUGAUAAUUUGCCAAUCCAUUUAAAGCAAUGUUUUGCUUAUUGUGCCUUAUUUCCGAAAGACUAUAAAAUUGAGAAAAACAUGUUGGUGCAAUUAUGGAUGGCGCAGGGCUAUAUUCAACCUUUAGAUGAGAAGGUAGGGAAUCAAUAUUUUGAUGAAUUAUUGUCAAGAUCAUUGUUGGAAAAGGCUGAAAAAGAUGCUAAUGAUAAUAUGUUAAGUUAUAAAAUGCAUGAUCUUAUCCAUGACCUUGCACAAUCGGUUAUAGGAUAUGAAGUCCUUGUUUUAGAAGAUGAUGUGAAGGAGAUCUCUAGAGAAGUUCACCAUGUCUCAUUGUUUAAAUUGACAAAUCUCAAGUUGAAGGUUGAUUUGAAGGUAAAACACAUAAGGACUUUUUUAAGCAUUCCAAUAUAUUAUAAAUAUGGAGAUGAUUUAAUUCAAAGUAUAGAUUUUUCAAGGUUUAAGCGUUUACGUGUCUUGAGCCUAAAUAAAUUCAAUGGAAAAGAGUUAUUAGCAUCUCUAGACAAAUUGAGUCAUCUAAGAUAUCUUGAUCUCUCCUAUAGUGGGAUUGUGGUACUCCCAAAUAGUAUUACGAGGUUGAAAAAUUUGCAAACAUUAAAGCUUGUUGAUUGUGUAUAUCUAAAAGAAUUUCCAAAGGAUAUAAGAGAAUUGAUUAAUCUGAGACACUUGGAGAAUGACUGGUGUCGGGGUUUGAGACAUAUGCCAUGUGGAAUAGGAGAGUUGACUUUGCUCCAAAGCCUGUCAAUUUUUGUUGUUGGAAAUAUGGGAAAUGGGAGAGGGGUUGGUAGACUAAGUGAAUUAAAAGGGCUUAACAACCUCAGAGGAGAGCUAAGCAUUGUAAACCUUGAAAAUGUGAGGGAUGCUGUGGUAGAAUCCAGGGAAGCAAAUUUGGGGAAAAAACAACACAUUCAGUCCUUGAGAUUAAUAUGGAAGCGCUCAGGAGCUCAAUCGGGUGAGGAUGCUGAGUCAGUGUUGGAAGGCUUGCAGCCACACUCAAACCUAAAGCAGCUGUGUGUAGAAAAUUAUGGAGGUGAGAGGUUUCCAAGUUGGAUGAUGAAUGGUGGGUUGAGUAGCAUGCUCCCUAAGCUCACCACAGUUAAUUUGAAAGGAUGUUCAAGCUGCCAAACUCUGCCAUGCUUUGUUCGACUCCCUCACCUCAAGUCUUUACAACUUCAUCAUCUGGAAAAGGUAGAGUACAUGGAGGAGGGUUCAUCAGAAGGGCCAUUCUUCCCAUCUCUUCAAAAACUCUCUCUCAAUCGAAUGCAAAAGUUGAAGGAAUUGUGGAGGAGGGACUUAGCAACACUCCCACCUCCUUCAUUUCCUUGUCUUUCACAGUUAGAGAUCAAGUUCUGUUAUUUGUUGGCAUCCUUGGAACUGCAUUCAUCUCCUCUUCUUUCGAAGUUACAGAUCUAUGAAUGCCGUAAGCUGACAUCCUUACUACUGCCUCCAUCUCCUGUUCUUUCAGAAUUAAAGAUCACGUCUUGUGAUGACUUGGCAUCCUUGGAACUGCAUUCAUCUCCUCUUCUUUCUGAGUUAGAGAUCUCCAUUUGUCCUAAGCUGACAUCCUUAAUACUGCCUCCAUCUCCUCUUCUUUCUAAGUUAGAUAUCGUGUCUUGUCAUGACUUAGAAUCCUUGGAACUGCAUUCAUCUCCUCUUCUUUCUAAUUUAGAGAUUUUGGAAUGCCGUAAGUUGACAUCCUUACUACUACCUCCAUCUCCUCUUCUUUCACAAUUAAAGAUCAUGUGUUGUGGUGACUUGGCAUCCUUGGAACUGCAUUCAUCUCCUCUUCUUUCUAAGUUUCUGAUUAGGGAAUGCCCUAAGCUCACAUCCUUACAACUGCCUCCAUCUCCUCUUCUUUCACAAUUAGUUAUUGGGUCUUGUCGUGAUUUGGCAUCCUUAGAAUUGCAUUCAUCUCCUCGUCUUUCUAAGUUAGAGAUCUCCAUUUGCCCUAAGCUGACAUCCUUACUACUACAUCCAUCUCCUCGUCCUUCACAAUUAGAUACUGAGUCUUGUCAUGACUUGGCAUCCUUGGAACUGCAUUCAUUCCCUCUUCUUUCUAAGUUUCUGAUUAGGGAAUGCCCUAAGCUCACAUCCUUACUACUGCCUCCAUCUCCUCGUCUUUCACAGUUAGAUAUCAAGUCUUGUCAUGACUUGGCAUCCUUGGAUGAGCUUCAUCAACAUGUUUCCACUCUCCGAUCUCUCCAAAUUUGGGACUGCUCUCGUUUAUCGACAUUACCUCACUGGAUAGGCAACCUCACCUCACUGACUCAUCUUUGUAUUGGUUCUUGCCAUCAAUUGCCAUCAUUGCCAGAAGAAUUCCGUUCUCUUAGAAUCCUCAAGAGUCUCACAAUUCACGACUGGUCUGGUUUGACAACAUUACCAGAUUGGAUAGGCAGCCUCUCCUCACUUGAACACCUUCAAAUUCGUGAAUGCCCUAAAUUGACAUCACUGCCGGAAGAGAUGCGUUCCCUCACAACCCUCCACAGACUCGAAAUCUCCGACUGUCCACAUUUAUCGGAAAGAUGCCAAAGGGAAAAUGGUGAAGAUUGGCCCAAGAUUGCUCAUGUCCAAAUAAAAUCUGUUGAUGGAAGACGAGACUGAUGCAGAAAACCAUUUCAGAAUAACAAGUUCAGUGAGGAACUAAAGCUGACUGGAGUUCACAUUGGCCUCCUCUUCAUGGAAGUCUCAAAAUAUCUCUGCCAGAGGUGGGAUUGUGACACCUCCCUUCUCUCGAGGACUGUAAACUGUCUGUGUAGAGAACAAUGUCUCUGUCUCAGCAUAUCCAACUUGUCACAAUUGUUGAGAAGAACUUCAUCUGUUAGAGAAUGAGGAUGAUAGCAAACAUAUAUUUCAGAUGUAAUUGUUGCCACAUCAAAGAAAAACCUGAUAGUGUUGUAAGAAAAGCAGAUAGCAUUGUGGCUGAAACACUUUCCUUCAGUAACUGGAAAGUUAGGAUUGUCUUUUGCAGCGAUUCCACACCUCACUUUUCUCAAGCUAUUGAAAAUUCAAAGCUGUUGUGUCCUAAUGUGUCUGUCUCAAGUGAUUCCUAAUCACUACCCUUGAAGCCUCAAAAGCUAUCUUUACGGUUUGACCUUCAGUUGUUGAUUGCCCUGAUAUGAAAGCAAUUCCAGAAGAGAUGUGCCGUGAGCCUACUGUCUAUGCAUAGAAACAUGAUGAAAGGAAAACUCAAAGACUGACCCCCUGAAAUUUCUCAAGUUCCCACAGUUGAUGUCAACUAGAAAUGAUGGCUGAUUCUUGAAUUGAUCUUGUUCUCUUCAAUUCAAGCAUGUCAUCUACAAUGUUUCAGGUGUUAAUAGUUUUCAAGAUAAUGCAAAAAAAGGUAAUGGUGAAGACAAGCUGAAUAUUGCUCAUGCCUUCCGAUAUAUCUUGACGGGCUAUUGAGAGCUGGUGCAAUAGGAAAGGCUUUGCUCACUUGCUGAGGGACAGACCCUCUUCUCUGUUCUAAAUUGACAACAUUCCCAGGCUGGAUAAGCAGGCUCACAUUACUUGCAGAGCUCCAAAUUCAUUCUUGCCCUCAAUUGAUAUCACCACUAGACGAGAUGGAUUCCCUUAGCACUCUACAAAGACUCACAAUUUGGAACCGUUUGACAACAUUACUAGACUGUAUUGGUAGCCUCACAUCAACUGUUCUUGUUUAGCAGCUUUAUCAGACUGAAUAAACAACUCGACCUCUCUUAAUGAGCUUCAGAAUGCUGUCAGCCUUAAAUUGAAAUCACUGCCAGAGGGGGAUGUGUGCCCUCAGCACUUCAAUGUUCUCGAAAUUGACAUGGAUGGCUGAUUCAUAAAGGAUUUCUGUUCUAUAAUUCAAGCAUGUCAUCUACAAUGUAUUUCAGAUGUAAUUGGUGUAAAUUCAAUGUAAAAAAGGAUAAUGGUGGGGCUUGGACAUCUCUAUCAGUGGAUGCAAUAUUUAAUCACCUUUGAGAGGUGGAAUAAAUGUUGCAGAGAGCUUUUUUUGUCGAAUAAUGAGUUGAUGCCUCCUCUAUUGGAGCUUGGAAAUGUUAACAUUCUGGAAAUCCUUAAAAUCAUCAAUUUCUCUUGUUUUGUAACUUUGCCGGACUAGAAGACAACCUGACAUCUCUUAAUGAGCUUGAAAAUGCUGUUGGCCUGGAAUUGAAAUCACUGCCGGAAGGAAUGUGUCACUCAAUACUUCAACUUUCCUGAAAUUGAUAUGGACUAGCAAUGUGAGGAACUAAAGUUGAUUUGAGUUCACAUUGGCCUUGUCUUCAUGGAAGUCUCCAAAUAUCUCCGCUAGAGGUGGGACUGUGACACCUCCCCUCUCUCCAAGACUGUAAACUGUCUAUGCAGAGAACAAUGUCUUUGUCUCAACGUAUUCAGCAUGUCACAGCCGCUAAGAAGAACAUCUGUUUGAGAAUGAGGAUGGUUACAGUGGCACACAAUUCAAAUGGAAGCCUCAUAACCAUAUGGAUUGGUGGCUUGACACCACUGGAAGGUAACAAUCCGUUGGCACUCAACAUAGCCUCAAAACCUCUUAAUACACAAGGAGAAGAUGCCAAAAGGAAAAGGACAAAUUUAUAUUGACAAGUAAUGGAUGGCUGAUGCAUGAAGGACUCACUGGUCUCUUUUAAUUCGACAAAAGAGAAUUGUUUUCCAUGCUAUUUGUGAGUGCUUGAGCCACCAUGACAACGCAGUUAUGCUGUUUGAGCCCCUUCGAUGUUCCAGAGACAAAUGUUGGCCAGUUAUGGAUGGCUGAUGAAUAUGAAAAGGGUUAUCUCAAUCACCGACCUUAGCCCUCAGUUUUUGUUACUGGUCACAACCAUUCUUUCUAUUCAGUCUAUAGCUGAGAGUUGAGUGAGCAGCAUAUACUGCUGAAUCAGUAAAACAUGAGUUUGGUUAAUUCCCAUCUUUGAAGCUUCUCAAGCUCGAGAACCUAAAUGGUUUGCAAUGACCAUUGAAGUAGAAUACUAACACUUUGGUGAGGAGCACAUAUAGUACUAAAUCAUAAGAAAAUUUGGUUUCCCCACUUUUCUAAAUUUUCUUGAGCAUGAGAAUCCAAAUACUCUGAAAUAUACGGACAGUAAUGGUAAUGACUUUUCUUCAUCUUCAUAUUCUAUUUCAUUGAAAGGGAAUUUGGUGUAUCACUCUUCCCAUUCUCAAAAUACUCUGACUUAGGUUAAGUAUUUUAUUGCAGAGGAUGUUUGAUCAUUACUUGGCUGAUUAUGUCAUCCUACAACUACCCUUGAAGUUAGAGCUACUGGCUGUGCAUAUGCCUUGGCAUCCUGUAUUGUGAGAUCCAAGGUGGGGUUGAUGCUACGAGAGCUACACCGAGGAUCCCAAAAUUGUCCAGGAAAUGACAAAAAUUAUGCUUGGGUUUCAAGGCGAGAUUCCUGCCAAUUCAAGGAAGGGCAUUCCUUAUGUUGGUGGAAAGCAAAACAACUCGAGUAAAAUUUGGUCCAGAUAGGUGCAAAAUACUUGGCUGUGGGAUCAAUGGAAUGAAACCUCCACAUAUUUGGCCUCCCUGGGGAUGAUGGUCCAAUAGAGUCAUAAAACAUCUUCAGCUCAACCUUAUUCCGGAAACAACCCUCUCAGUAUUUCCUGCAGCAGUUCGGUCAAGUGUAUUUUACAGGCUUCGAGUAAUGGUGGAAUUUUGAGCUUUAUCAUAUUUUAUCAGUUGGUGUCGACUGGAUGCUCCAAUUCCAAUCUCUUAGAAUUCUGCAUCAAUGAUCCCUAGGCCCAGCGAGCUAUUGCGCCUGAUGAUUUACCAAAAGAGAACUGCACAAUGUCUUCAUUGGAGCCAAAUGUUUUACCAACUCCUACAGAUAGAAAGUCUCCCGGGGAAAAAGGUUGAGCGGCUCUACUAGAUACUCCAGGCAUCCAACUAUGAUGAUUUACUCUGCUAUCAAGAAUUAUGCUGUGUCCAUAGUGCUGCUGAGUUCUCAACCGACAUUGGUUCAGAAUUAGAAGAAACUAAUAGAAAUCAUUCUCUGCUUGAUGGAUAUCAUCUUCAGCUGUCCUUCAGAAGAUGGUACCAUUCCAUUGAAUAUCAUUGUAGAGGGCACCAAACUUUCCGUAGAGGAUGUGGAAUAUCUUUUCAUGAAGAGCCUUUCUCACUAAGGCCUCAUGGGGUGGCACUAAAGCCUCCUGAGUGAUCUAGGACAAUAGCAAGGAGGCACAAGGGCUCAAUGCCUUGCGCAAGGAGAUGACUUGGUGAGCCAUGGACGCAAUACCAUGGCAGGCGUAGCACCAAGAGAGAGACUCGAAUAGGGCACAUCAAUGUGAAAAGUCCAAGUAGGACAUCAAAGCUUACUAUUCACAACAGUCCAAUGACACCUCCAUCUCCAGUUCCUAGACUAUUUCAAAAGCAAAAAUUAAUCACCAUUCCAAAGAACUUCUCGUGUGACAAAUGUUUUCGGUGAUCUAUAAAUGUGAUUCAUGUAGUUACGUUGGAAAUGUAUUUCAUGAAACUUUAAUGGGAUUUGUUAA